GCCCAUCACUGUAAUCUGUAGGUCUAUACCGAUAGUGCUACAACUUAGAACAUAUGAGGAUCAAUGUAUCAGUGAGUUAACUUUAAGUUAAAUAAAAGUAUAAGAUUAUUUUUGUACAUCUGGUUUUCACUUUUCAACACAUGAAGUAGAAAGUUUGGCAGUGUUCUUUACUUUUAAGUUAAACAUGACUCCAUUUUGUCGGAUCAAACUUUCAAAGAAAUCAGGUUGUUGAAGGUGUUCAGUGAUGAAACCAUAGACUUGUGAUACCUGACAAUGUUAAAUAGAAAAAUGAUUUUAAUCUUGUUUUUAUGAUCUCCCAAAAUUUGCAGAAAACUAUUUUGAAGUAUAUGUGACAUCAAAAGUUAUGAUUAAGUACUUCAUUUUGGUUUGGAAGGUUAAACAAAAAAACUGAAGAUAAAAGGAUGUGAAAUAUGACAGAUGAUAUUCAGCAGACUGCAGAAAAUUCUAAUGAAGCUGUCAGUUAUGGCCAAUUCAUUCAACCUCUUGUGACAUCUAGUCUACUUUCUGUUUAUCUAUCAGGAUCUGAAGUAGUUGCUGAUUACAUGCAGAGUACCACGUCAAAAGAUUCAAUAUUUAUCACUACCAUAUUUGGUACUGAGAAGGACCGUUACCACAAGAGCAAAAAAGUAAAGUUAGUUUAUCAAAGGUUUCAUAUUGUAACACCUUGAUGUUUAAAUGCAAAGAAAAAAGAAUAGCCAGUGAGCCACUGUUAAGACCUGAUCUGGCUCAGUCUCAACAUUCUUUACAUUUUUCAGUCAAUGGAAUGGAGGUGGAUAAGAAAACCCCUUCGCCACAUUGCUCAAGCUCAUCAGUUAUUACAUUUCCAGAUCUUUCUUCUGUCUCAAUGGCUGACCAAAUGAGGGAUCUGGCCAGUAUCAUCAAGGCUCCCAGUUUGGAAAGCACGUCUAAGUAUAUAGACUUUGAAAGCAAAAGAGAAGAUGAAAGAAAUGAGAAGAUACAGACGUGUAUAUCAUAUAAGUACCAAAGAGAUUUUUCAGAUAAUUGUAAAAAUCUAAAAGUUGAAAAAACAUAUCCAUUCUCAAAAAAUUCUUCUCAUUUUAUGUUUGAAUCCAAACCUUUCUACCAUGAUUUAAUAGAUACUCUUUCAGGUCCUUCAGAAGACAGAAAAAUGCAAAAAUUACCUCCUGUUUCAACUAUAUUACAGCCUCAUAUGGCCUAUUACUCUAGAGAAAUGUACAAACCAUUUCAGUUUGACUUAGUACAAGAAGUACCCUUCCAGGAAAAUGCAGAUGUUUCCUUGGUUUGCGAAUCACCAUUUUUAUACUGUAAUCAUCAAGAGACACAGUCUUUUGUUUCACAUAGUUUGACAGAGCACCAGAAGGCUGUAGUAAAAUCCAGCCCAAUGGAUAAUAGUUUCUUUGGUGUACUACCAGCUUCUACCUCAGAUUUUGGACUAGAAAAGCAACAGGCAGUUCAAGCUGCCCAUGCCUUUACAGAAAUGCCUCAUAGCUUUUUCAAACAUCAAGGACUAAGCACUGCAAUGACUAAUACUCGUAACAUAAAAAGUGAAUCAGGUAUGUUUUACCACACUGACAGUAAACACUCUACAGCAAAUGAUGAAAGUAUCCUGGUUUUACCCUCCACAAACCCUUUGUUAACACCUUUGAACUUUGGAACAACAACAUACACAUCAUCUACACCACCUCAUGCUUUCCAGAGCACUGAACUUCACCACUGUGAUUCACAUAGCCAAAGAAAGUGUGUGAUUUCAUCAAAUCUGUCCACUAGAGCUGCCUUAAAUUCACUGCAUUCUGUUGAAUCUGUUCGUCCUUGUGCUAGUGCUGACACAUUAGCUGCAUCGGUAUCAGUAGCAGCAACUGAAACAGUGCCUAAUCAUUCUUUUAUGAAAACAGUAGACAUGCCAUCAGAGAUGCCUAACCUCCAUUGUUCCAGAUCUAUUUCUAGUAAUUCACCAUUUUCCAAGCUUUGUGAAGUAGUAUCUAAAGAGAGCACAGACAUUGGCUUAAAAAGCUCAGGAAGUGUUCCUAUUACGACAACAAGAUGUUCAGUUUUAUCAUCCAUUAAAGAAGAGCCUUUGGAUAUGGAAGUAUCUUCCCAUGGAACAUUUUCUGAUGAAAACUCUUUGCAGCCUCCUGCAGUGGCUCCACUUCCCAGCAUGAUGACCUUCUUUAAACGUAAAAAUACAACUGAAAGUGGUUCAGAAUUGCAGGUUUUGCCACCAUUUUACACUCUUUCUGGCUAUACUACUUUAAAAAAGCAAGACAAAUUUGAAACUCCUGAGAACACAGGCUCUACCUUGGAAAGAUUAUCGCUGAAAAAGGAAAUCUCAGCGAAUAUAAGAAAAUCAGCUGAUAUUUUUUCACCAUCAUCUAUGUCUGUCGUCAGUACUAGUAGACAUGGAACACUUGCAGACAGUAACUCACAUUCUUGUGUUUCAUUAAAUUGUGUAAAAUGUGAAGUAGUUAGCAGUCCUACUCAGACAGUUUCAACAACUUUGCCUGUUUCCAAACCACCUUCUGCCUCCAUUGAUAAAAUGAGACCAUGUGUUUCCCCAAUGGGUUGUGAGAUUUCUGUACAUGAAGACAGCAAGCUUAGUGAAAAAUACUGUUUGUUGUGUCAGUCUGGUAAACCAUGUGAUGUACACAUCCUUCGGUCUCCUGUCACUAGCACCUCUCAUUUAGAGUCACCUGUCCUUUCAACAAGCCCCUUAAAACCUUUUCGGUGUAACCUGUGUGGUAAAAAUCUUGCCACAAAAAAUGUAUAUCAGAGCCACAUGCGGUCUCACUCAGGUGAUAAACCAUUCACAUGUGAGCUAUGUGGCCACUCUUUUUCACAGAAGACAUCCCUCACCAGACAUAUGAGAUCUCAUACUGGUGAGCGUCCAUUUCCUUGUGAUCUUUGUGGCAAGUGUUUUGCUGACAAAGAGCGUAUCAAGAUCCACAUGCGCACUCACACUGGGGAGAAACCAUUUGCAUGUAGUGUGUGUGGAAAAUGUUUCUCUCAGAAGUCAACUGUGAAGAGACACAUGAGUGUCCACACUGGUGAGAAGCCAUUUAUUUGCCAGUCUUGUGGAAAAGGCUUUGCUAAUAGAGGCAAUCUAAAUGCCCACAGCAAAACCCACAGCAUCACAUAACUCUCGCAUGUUAACAAGUUAUAUUAAACACUACUAAUAGGAUUAAAAAAAUGACUUUAAUAUUAAUGUUUAAAGUGUUUAAGUAAUAAAAUGCCUCUAGACACUGUUAGACUUAGAGAAAUGGUAAUGACAUGAUUCUGUAGGCGUCUUAGAGGCAUUUUUUUAUCGUUAUUUAACUAUUAUGUUAUUGUAAGUGGGA